GUUGUUCCUAGUCUUCUCGUGGAACUGGCACAUUCAAAACAGACCUGGUGUUUGGGAAAGAAGACUGAAACCUCCUGCUCUGACUGAGGACGAAGAACAAGGUGCGCUGCCUAUGGACUGAGCCGUCUCUGAUCCGGUCCAGACACAUGCUUACUGUGCAGUCUCGGAACCCGUAGCCCUGAACAUGGCCCUAAUGGCAAACCAUCAGUCUCUGAACAUGGCCCUAAUGGCAAACCAUCAGUCUCUGAACAUGGCCCUAAUGGCAAACCAUCAGUCUCUGAACAUGGCCCUAAUGGCAAACCAUCAGUCUCUGAACAUGGCCCUAAUGGCAAACCAUCAGUCUCUGAACAUGGCCCUAAUGGCAAACCAUCAGUCUCUGAACAUGGCCCUAAUGGCAAACCAUCAGUCUCUGAACAUGGCCCUAAUGGCAAACCAUCAGUCUCUGAACAUGGCCCUAAUGGCAAACCAUCAGUCUCUGAACAUGGCCCUAAUGGCAAACCAUCAGUCUCUGAACAUGGCCCUAAUGGCAAACCAUCAGUCUCUGAACAUGGCCCUAAUGGCAAACCAUCAGUCUCUGAACAUGGCCCUAAUGGCAAACCAUCAGUCUCUGAACAUGGCCCUAAUGGCAAACCAUCAGUCUCUGAACAUGGCCCUAAUGGCAAACCAUCAGUCUCUGAACAUGGCCCUAAUGGCAAACCAUCAGUCUCUGAACAUGGCCCUAAUGGCAAACCAUCAGUCUCUGAACAUGGCCCUAAUGGCAAACCAUCAGUCUCUGAACAUGGCCCUAAUGGCAAACCAUCAGUCUCUGAACAUGGCCCUAAUGGCAAACCAUCAGUCUCUGAACAUGGCCCUAAUGGCAAACCAUCAGUCUCUGAACAUGGCCCUAAUGGCAAACCAUCAGUCUCUGAACAUGGCCCUAAUGGCAAACCAUCAGUCUCUGAACAUGGCCCUAAUGGCAAACCAUCAGUCUCUGAACAUGGCCCUAAUGGCAAACCAUCAGUCUCUGAACAUGGCCCUAAUGGCAAACCAUCAGUCUCUGAACAUGGCCCUAAUGGCAAACCAUCAGUCUCUGAACAUGGCCCUAAUGGCAAACCAUCAGUCUCUGAACAUGGCCCUAAUGGCAAACCAUCAGUCUCUGAACAUGGCCCUAAUGGCAAACCAUCAGUCUCUGAACAUGGCCCUAAUGGCAAACCAUCAGUCUCUGAACAUGGCCCUAAUGGCAAACCAUGAGCACGUAAGAGAAGUUGAGGAUCUUCGAGCCAAGCUGGAGAAACUGACCGCUCAACACGACUUUGGUCUACAGCGAUUUGCUGGUUCUGACAAGGAUAUACGUUUUUACACAAGAUUUGCAAGCUACACCCACCGGAUGGCCUUCUGGGACUUGAUUGAGCGGGCAGCAGAGACCGAGUUUAUAAGAGUCAACAAGCACCAAUCCAUCUGAAACAAGUGUUACUGGAAGAAAACCAACACUGCCAUUAAUCGACGAGUUCUUCUUGUUUAUGACUCAUCUGUCGCUGGGUCUGACAGCAGAAGGAUUUAGCCCAUUGGUUUAGCAUCCACCAAUCGACAGUGAGCCGGAUUAUCAUCUCUUGGGCCAACUUCCUCUACUGUCUGCUUGGAUCAGCACGGAUAUAUGGAUCCCCAAGGAAACCAUCAAAUCCCACCUGCCACCUGAGUUGAAGGACUAUCCAGACACCCAGGUAGUGAUGGACUGCACUGAAGUCCGCUGCCAGACACCAUCUUCACUACUACUGCAGAGUGAGGUGUUCUCUUCCUACAAGUCACACUGUACCUUUAUGGGCAUGUUGGGAAUGUCACCACACGGAGCUGUCGUUUUUUGUGUCAUCGUAUGCUGGAUCUGUGAGUGACAAGGAGAUCUUCAAGCAGUCUGGAAUUAGUUCCUUACUCACCCCUGACAUGGCCAUUAUGGUGGAUAAGGGCUUUCUCGUAGAUGACAUUGUUCCGUGCAAUGUCUACCGGCCAGCCUUUCUGUCAAGACACACACAGAUGCCAGCGCAUGAGGUUAAGGGAGACCCAGUCCAUUGCCAGGCUGCAUGUUGAAAGAAUGAUCUGCAGAGUAAAGGAACACAGGCUGUUAGACACAGUCAUCCCCCUGACCAUCUCAGGCAGGCUGUUUGACACAGUCAUCCCCCUGACCAUCUCAGACAGGCUGUUUGACACAGUCAUCCCCCUGACCAUCUCAGACAGGCUGUUUGACACAGUCAUCCCCCUGACCAUCUCAGGAGGCUGUUUGACAGUCAUCCCCCUGACCAUCUCAGGAGGCUGUUUGACAGUCAUCCCCCUGACCAUCUCAGGAGGCUGUUUGACAGUCAUCCCCCUGACCAUCUCAGGAGGCUGUUUGACAGUCAUCCCCCUGACCAUCUCAGACAGGCUGUUUGACACAGUCAUCCCCCCGACCAUCUCAGGCAGCAUCAACCAGUUAUUUGCUGUGGCGUGCCUGUUGAUCAACUAUCAAAGCGGACCUUUGGUCAGAGCAUGGGCCAAGCCAGUGUAAAUGUGUUUAUUUGCUAGCAGCAAAAUAAUAAUGUGUUUAGCUACGACAUGUAUCAAUCAUUUGUGUUGUAGUGAAUAUUAGUUUGUGUGGAGCUUGUAUUGGCUUUAAUUAGGCAACGAGUUUAGGGGGAAAGAAAUCCAGUAAACACAGAAUAGCCAGAAUGUAAGAUUGAAUACAACGUUAGAGAUGUGGAAUUGAUUAAA